AUGGCGGGUCCACUAUCACACAAACCUCCAACUCCGCUCCAGACACCGCCAUGGGCGGCCCCGCGGCGCAGCCCAAAGGAGGACGACGCGGAGCGUCCGAACGGAGCCCCCGCCUCCAGAGGACGCGGUUUGCGCCGAGCUUCCACGGAGCGCGCAGCGACGAUGGACUCACUGCCGUCAGUCCUGCCGCUGGAUGCGGGAAAUGCUGCAGAGCAGCGGUCCCCCGGCGACUCACAGUCUCCGUGGCCGGCAGCCGACUUCCUCCGCGGCCCUUUUGACGGCAACGCGGCAGCGGAGCCGGCGAUCCGUCAGCAAGGGCCGACGGGCGUUCCGCGGUGCCUGAGCUUCGACGGGUACCAGCCGCGCACGGCGGAGUCGAAAUGGGCGAGCUCGCCCUGGGGAAGGGCGUACCUGGGGGAGCGCGGCAGCCCGCGGAGGACCCGCGGACAUUGCGCCGUGCGCAGCAGCAAGAGCGCAGGCGCAGAGGGGGCGAGCGCGCGGGUGGGUUCUCUUCAGCGGGUGGAGUCGGGCAAGGUUGCGCCAACCACCAUCGAGAUCUGA